UUUUAAGCAAAACAAACAUGGCGUCUCUCAUCUGCAAAAUAAUAAAAAUAUCGCUUUACCAACGAUUUUAUAAGCUUGUUCUUACAUUUUGAGUAUGUUUUCGGAAGAUCAAGAGCGCAGAUCAGAGAGACAGAAGGAUGGAGGCCAUCAUGGUUUUAUUCGACAUAGAAUACCAUAUAGACUUUUAGGGCGAAGAUCACUCGGUGCAAAAAGAUUGGUAGUUUCAAGCAAAGUUUUAUUUCCAGCAAUACCAACACAAAACUGUGAUGUAGUCUUAACAUUCCCAGCACAUACUGAUGAUGCCACUUUAAUGUGGCUUCUGGCCCGUUUGAAAACUCGGGCCCCAGCUCUCACUGUCCAUGUUCGCCAUCACAGCCAUACUGGCAUCUAUGGCUUCUAUUUGACAGCGCUCUAUGACAAUCUUUUGCAAGGAGCAGAAGAGUUAGGUAUUUUGAAGCCGCUGAAGUCAGAUUAUGGAGGAGGAAUGAAAGAAUUUGUUUUUGAGGAUCAAGACUGUUUUGCUGGCAUUGAAGAUGAAUCCACAUUUCUAACUAGCCAAGAAAGGCAGAGUAUUGUGCUGCAUUUUCUCCAUGAGCUUCGAGCCACUGGAGAAGACACACUUGCUGGGAUAACUUUUAUUGAAGGACAGCCUAUAGUUCCUUUGUUAAUAAUAAAUAAGGUUGUUUCACAAGUGUUUCCUUUACAUAAUCAUAAUGAUCUCAAGAUUUUACGCCAGACUUGGGUUCAAGCCAUCUUCUCAAAACAGCCCUUAGAUGAGGUCUGUCGAUACUUUGGUGUGAAAAUUGGUUUAUACUUUGCAUAUCUGGGUCAUUACACAACAUGGCUAAUUCUUCCAGCCCUUGUUGGUCUCAUCAUAUUUCUUAUGCAAGGACAAAAUCAGCUCUUAGAAGAUUUAUGCUAUGUAGGAUUUGCACUCUUCAACGUCAUUUGGGCUACACUGUAUCUCAAAUUCUGGAAGAGGGCUUCUACAGUGUAUUGCUACAAAUGGGGUACCUUAGAAAAGAAAGAUGAUCUGCUGAAAGACCCAAGACCUCUCUUCAAGGGAGAUCUUGUAAAGAGCCCAAUCACAGGUCAUCUGGAGUUAGCUUACCCAGCAUGGAAGCGUCUUCUGUUUCAGUACUUCGUCACAUUUCCUGUCAUUGCCAUUUGCCUUGCAUUUGUUUUCAUUAUAAUGCUUUUAUGUUUCGAACUUCAGGAGUGGGUGAAUGGACUCAUUGCUGAAGAAGAACUUCCUUAUAUCUUUAGUUUUCUACCUAAAGUCCUGUUAGCUGUGGUGGUCACUAUUUUAGAUGAAGUGUAUAAAGAAAUAGCAAUCUGGCUCACUCAUAAAGAAAAUUACAGAUUGGAACAAUCUCAUGAGACAAGUCUUAUUAUAAAGUUAGUAAUGUUUCAGUUUGUCAACUCAUUUCUGUCAUUGUUUUAUAUUGGAUUUUACCUCCGUGAUAUGGAUCGACUUCGUGAUCAACUUGCAGCACUCCUAAUUACACGUCAGGUUCUCGGAAAUGUAAAAGAGGCACUUGCACCAUAUAUCAUUUGGAAAGCUCGCUUGUACAGUGUAGGAUACCGUAUAGCCACACAGAUGUCUCCCGCCUCUGUGGAGAAAGAAGUGCGGAGGAUGACAGCCAGACCCAAAGCUCAUAGCUCCAGCAUGCACUCCAAGAAAGAUGGGGCAAAAGACUCUGACAGUGACAGCAGUACCUUGACAGAGGAAGAUGAGGAAGCUCUACCUGCACUCACCCAAGCAGAAGUGGAAAGUGCAAUGAAGAAAUAUGAGGACACUUUAGACGACUAUCUGGAGAUGUGCAUACAGUUUGGCUACAUCACCUUGUUCUCGUCAGCUUUCCCUCUUGCAGCUCUCUGUGCCUUGUUUAACAAUGUCAUUGAGAUACGUUCUGAUGCCUUUAAGCUGUGCCUGACUUUCCAAAGACCAUUUGGCCAGCGUGUGGAUAGUAUCGGGAUUUGGCAGGAUGUUCUGCUUGUGUUUAGUGUCAUCGCUGUCAUAGUCAACUGCUCCCUAGUGGGUACCUCUGGACUGUUGGAGCGUAUGUUACCUGGUCUUAGCAGCACAACUUACUGUAUAAUCAUUGUCCUUGUUGAGCAUUUUAUUCUUACAACCAAGUUUUCUUUGUACCGGUCUAUACCAGACCUUCCUCCUUGUAUUUCCACUGAGAUGGCAAGGUUAGAAUAUCAACGAACUGAAGCAAUUAAGCAAUUGGUGUCCCAGUUGGCACAGAAUCAUGGAGGUGGUAGUUUGAUAUCCCACUACCCUGGAAGCCCCAGUAUUCGCAGAAGAAAAAUGCCAGAAAGUCCAGUGGCAGAGUCUAGCUUAAAGGAGCCUUCUCCUCCUUUAGGAGGCUCUGUCAAAACUAUUAUGUCUCAACCUAGUUCAGCUACGUCCUCUCAUACUAACACAGCUGCAUCCAGACCUACAGAUUUUUUUACCAUCACCCCAAAAGUGUCUGAUAAGCCAGAUGUGCCACCCAGAACCUCUAUUCAGAAAACUGAAUCAGCACCUCUCCCACCUCAGCAGCCUUUGACGCUGGAAUCCAGAGGGGCUGAAAAUGUAGUGUCAGAAACUCUUCAUCCAAUGUUUGAUUAUUCAGAUAUUAGAACCUCAGAAGCCCCACAAGCUCCUCCUACUGUACCAACCCCUGCUCCACCUAGGAUCAUACCACAACCUAGUAAGGGUGUCUCGAAAGGCAAUUCAGAGGUAAUGAGAAGGAUUUUGCGCAAAAAAAUGGAUUUAGAAGAUGGACAAAGAAGGCGCUCUGAACCAGUGAGUGCAGCUGUGACUCAAGCCUUGUCCUUGCAAAGACAGGAUACUGAUGGUAUGAGAAAGAAAAAAAUAUAUGAAAACAAAGAAGAUCUUAGAGCUGCAUGCAAAGUCCAUCUGAGCACAGAGAACUUAAGGAGAAGUAUGGAUGGGCUCAACUCUUUGAGGGGCUUAGAAGCCAAUUUGUCUUCAUCUCUUCCUGGAUUAAAUGAUGCUUCAGGAAUAAGCAGUGCAUCAUUACCUGGCUCAUCUCAAUAUGUAGCUUCUCCACGCCCGCUGAAAUCACUUGGCGACCCUUCUUUUCUAGCUACCAAAAUUUUAUCCAGGAAGUCUAGAUCGUUCUCAACGGCAGAUGUCAAUGAUGUAAAAUCAGCAUUUCGGGAAAGAUUUUCCUGGAGAGGUGAACUGGUGCAGUCCAGUAAGUCUACAAAUAGUAAGAAAAAGCUGAACGCUAAUCCUGAAGCAAGCAAGAAAAUUGUGCUAGAUGAGAUUAAAUCAGAUGUUUCCGAUAUUAGUAUUACUGAAGAUGAACCAAAAUCUAGCUCUGUGGCCAAGGAUGUAGUCAAGUUGUCAACAGAUGCUCCUCUCCCUCCAGCACCAACACAGUCAAGUAGUGAAUCAGCUACAUUGAAACCUCCUAGCGGAUAUAAAAUGAAAGAAAGUGGAAGUGAUUCCAAACUUAAUGUCUUCAAAGCUUUCAGGGAGAGUGUGAGCAAACCUCUCAGCCUGUCUCCACGAGCAUCAGAUUCUAAACACAAGAAAACAUAAGAUGUAUGACUAUCACUGUUUUAUUAUUUUGAAGAAAAAAGCAACGUAUAUGACACAUACAAGUUAUAAGCACAAUCUAAUAGUUCCAGUCCUGCCCUAACGAGCUGCUGGCAUUAAAACUGUACAUAAGAAUCUAUAAUUGUUUUGAAUCACAAAUCAUAUGUGUAUAUCUUGUUGACAAUCAUCUCAGAAACAGAGUUUCACUUGUUGUAUUCAAUAAUACUAAUUGAUGCAUCUGUUUUGUCUGGGUUUUUUUUCUUGCUCCCCCUUAGAUUGCAUUUUUGCAUAUUAUUUCCCUCUAACAAAAGAAUUUGUACCGAUCAUUUUUUUUACCAAUUUUCCCUAUUUCAAAUUUUGAUUGCAUUGGUGAUGAAAGUGUGUUAUGCAUUUUUUUUUUAUUUCAAUGAUUUGGUUUUUGUUUGAAAGAAAUACAUAGCGUGAACCCUUACACAGAAGAAGUGCACACCAUCCAACGGAUCAUUGUGACCUGCUGCUAAUGCUAACAAUAUUUUUUUCAUUGCUAAUAUGAGUAUUCCAGCCAUUUGUUUUGUUCACUAGCACUUAUGCUUUGUUGUAAUUGAAUUUUAGACACUCAUGCUUUCAUGUCAAUUUAUAAACCGUUAUGAGUUGCUGUUAUUGCUUGCUAUUAUUUAACAAGUCACAAAAAUGGUCAACAAAAUGUUUAUUUGUGUUUUGGUUUCAGAUCCAUAUCAGAGUUGAUGCUUGUGAUAAAUUUAGAAUGUGGACUUAAAUAUUUAACAGAUUUGUACAUUUAUCAGUUGACAAAAAAAAAUGACUAGUAAAUAAAUGAGGGAACAUUGAGUGGAGAGAAUGCAGUGAACACUAACAAAUUAACACCAUAAUAUUUAACCAAUGUGUUCAGUGAGAAUACUUAAAACCAGCCCUUUGCCAAAAUGUAAUUCUGUUAUGUCAGUUGACUUUAGUCCACACGUGUACUGGUAGUUCAUAUUUUGAUUAUUACUCUAAAAUUAUUAUUUUUUUAUUUCAAUAACACUCUGACAAUUACAGUGAUUUUUUAUUUACUAUUUAUUAUAAUCAUUUUAUUUUUUUAUCAGGUCAUUUCAUUUCCUUUGCAAAUGUUGUACGUAGUUAAUUCUUCUAUUGAUAUAGAUUUAGAUUUUUUUUUUUAUUUGACUUUUGUUUAAUAGUAUUAUUUGCUUCAAACGGGUGCUCUUUUUUUAAACAAUAUUUAUAUUACCAUAGCUUGAGUGCUUAAAAUGGCAUUUAUUGUUUUAUUCAUUUAUUUAAAGAUCUGGUGUAUUCAUUUAGAUUUUGUCAUGCUUUUGUUUUCUUUUAAUUUUUUGCUUCAGACCUGUACAAAAGCACCUUACUUCUUAUAAAGCCUGUUUCAAGCCCAUAGGGUUCCCUGCAGUUCAUCCCUUGUUUAGAUCUCUUUGUCUUGAACCUUACUGUAUUUUAUCUUUGGUAAUGACCAAAUAACAUAAAAUGUAUUAGUUCUGAAGUUUUUGUUUAAAACAAUAAACAUUCUGGGUGAUCACAUUUCUGAAAGUCUGCUAGAGGUAUUAAUGUUUAAAAAAAACAAUGUUUAAUAGUCAAAUAUUAAAAUGAUUAAUGAAGUUUAUUUUAUAGUUUGAGAUAAGCUAUUAUGAACAAGUGAGAUAAGCUGUUCUAAACAAGUGAGAUAAGCUUUUCUAAACAAGUGAGAUAAGCUGUUAUACACAAGUGAGAUAAGCUGUUCUAAACAAGUGAGAUAAGCUGUUAUAAACAAGUCACUCACCAUUUGGAUGAUUUAUAUUUAGUAUUCACACAAUCUCCAAUUCAAAGAUUUCUGAGGAAAUAAAAAUCUCUAGUUGAUCUCAUUGUGUCUCUGGAUACCACAAACUUGUGCAGGUAGCCUUCUAGACAAAUAUUACUUGUAAAAAAAAGUGUUUUUUUUUUAAAUUAAUUAGCGUUAAUCUACUAAUUCAGUAAUAGUAUUGAUUUUUGUUUUCAGUAAAUUUGUUUUCCCUUUUUUUCUUUUCAUCAUAAAUGUUAUUAUAACUAUUAAUAUUGUUUUCUGAUCUUUUUGUCCUAGUCAUGAUCUAAUAAAACUGUAUUAUCAUUAUUGCAAGUAGCAGAAAUAAUUGUUUAACCAAAAGACAAGGUAUUAAUAUUUUAUUCAUUUUCAGUUUUCAUUUUUGUUAUAGUAUUAAAGUAAAAAGUUCACAGUCACCCAAUGCCAGAGAUUAAUAAUCAACUUCUGCAGUUGAAUAACUGCUUUUGUUAUGUUUUAAGUCUGUUAUUUUCAGUGCAAUAUUUUGUUUGGCUUGUUAAAUGAGAUAAAACUUCCUGUUAUCUGACCACUGAGUGAGUUAAAAGCUAUGCCAGAUUGUAACCUUCAUCUAUUAAUGUUGGUUUACAUUUCUCCUUCAAUAAAUGACAUUAAAACUAGUUUGACCUUCAAUUCAUUUACAA